UCUCAUUUCCAGCCUCGUAGAUAAAGCCACAUCUUUCAUUCAUUGAAGUGCAUUCGUCUCAGCUACUUGUAGUCUUGUGACAUCUAACAAUCAGACGCAUACCUAAUUCCCACACAAAACUCUCUUAUUCUCUAUUAUUGUUAUUACUCUGCCUCUCCUCAAACCCGAAAUCUUGCAAUGGCACAAAAAGCACGAAAAGACACGGCAAAGGCCAACGCAGCUGCGUUAAAAAACCUUCACACCGGUACUCUUACCAUCAAUACGCUUUUCGUAUUAUUCAACUUCAUAAUCAAAAAGCGAUCCAUCUUAUUAUACGUCCUCCUCUCAAUCCCCAGUUUCAUAUGCGAGUACUUCUUGGAAGCAUCGGGACGGCCUAGAUAUGACCCUUCAACGAAGGCGCUUCAGAGAGCCGGCGAAGACUUGUCUGCGCCUGGGCUUACCGAGUACAUGUUCGACGUUAUCUGGGUGACAUGGGCAUCCGUCGUGCUCGCCAUGCUUUUCGGUAACUGGGGGUGGCUCCUCUGGACUGUUGUACCUGCUUACGGGGCUUAUAAGGGGUUUGGUCUGCUUGGUGCAGCUCGCGGAAUGGCCGGCAUGCAAGGACAGCAGCCGAGCAAUGCCGCACCAGUGGCAGCUAACAGGAAGCAAAGACGUGCAGCUUAGGCCAGGGUUAUACAUUUAUAUCACCCAGCGUUGCAUCAUUAGGAAUCUUUCC